AUGCACGGUGACUACACGCACUUCUGCUUGACUUGUGGGAAAAUCUUUUUGGCGAAUCGCCUCAAAACAAGAGAUUUGUCGAAUACAAUAGCUUUGAUUGUGAAUGGCUCUGUUGACACAACAACUUUUUGUGCUUCCACUUUGUUACAUAACAACGCUUCUGUUAUUAUUUGUGGUAAAGAGGGUGUAUAUACCAACUUGUCCAAAUUUGAACAUUUCGAAAGUUGGAAACCAAAAAUAUUUUUCAUUGCGACAGAAAAUAUCAAUGUUAUAAAUUCUCACAAAAUUUUCACAAUUUUACAAAAAUUGGGGCACUUGGACUUUCUCAUAGUGGGUGAUGAAGUGCUGCAGAUGGAAAAGAAAUCAUUAAAUAUUGAGACUAUGGACCAACACGACCUCGAAAAUAUUAUUUUUGACUUUUCUGUAACACCAGCAUUGUUUGUUCAGAACAUCAUUCCCUUUCUUAAAAAGUCUUUAAUAACGCCUUUUCUGAUCUUCCAAAACGGCGAGCGUGGAAUUUGUGAUAGUAAAUCUGCACAUACAAAUAUAAUCAAAGAUAUGGCAAGCGCUUCUUUGUCAAUGAUGGUCAACGGUAUUUCUAAACAACAACUAACAACAGAAACUGGUAAGAAAUUUGCAACACAAAUAAUAAGUAUUGGUAAUAAUAUAAUACAACACAACGUCCCUUCAUAUGAUUCAAUAGACAUAGCGUAUAUGAUUCUCCACCCCAUUCUAUGUGAUUUAAAGUCGCGAUUAAAAACAGUAUCAUUUUACAAUACAUUUUCUUAUUGA